AUGGCGGCUUUUGAGAGUAAACCCAAAGGAAUUCUUAAAAAACCAUCCAUAAACUUUCAACAGAAAAACAGGCUAAAAUGGGAUGAAGACAACAUUCAACUUACUGAAAGCCAGAAGAACUCUACAAUGAAAAUUACUGAACCUAAAACUCCGUACAUUCAUUACAAUCAAGAAACUGAUGAAAUCAUGACUGAUCUUCAAACUAUUCCAGGUCUCAUUUUGGAAUCUAAUAGUAGAGAGUCUCUCCCAUCAGGAUCUCUUUCAUCCGUUUCACCAUCAUCAGCUCAUUUUCCUGAUUCAGUAAAAGAUGAUUGGGAUUCCGACGGUUCAGAAGAUGAAGAAACCAAAGAAAAACGUCGCAAAUUUGCACAGCUUAGAGCUAAACAUUAUAACAUGAAGGAAGCGCUUAGUAUAGAAGACAAUUCUGACAAUAACGAUUCGUCAUCAAAUGUUUUAAUGGAAACAUAG